AUGGCUACAGCCACGUUCCUGUCGCAACACUCGUCCAAUCCUCUGGAGGCCUCGCCAUCAAACACUCGCAACCGAUCCUACCGGCAGCGUUACAUGAAUGCUCUGGCAGUUCCGCAAGGCCACGCUUCAUCCGAAGAUCCUAUAAGUGGCUUUGAUAUGCCUGAGAGAGAAGAGUAUCACACGCACCUCGCCCAGCUAUUCCCCAGGAUGUCCCACAUACAUUCGAAGCAGGAUAACGUCGACCUACCAAAUAGCAAAGUGGAACCGCUGUUGCCGAAACUGCCCGUCGAGGAAAACCUAGUGGAAGAGGCUGAUGAUGCACUGGAAGAGCAGUCAGAUGAUUCUACUUCUGAGGCUAGCACGGACGAGGAGAUGACCAUCAAAUUAAAGCCACAGGAGGAACAAGACGAGAUAGAGGAGGAGAUCGAAGACCUCGAGGAGUCUGUCCCGCAGUUGACGGACGACUACAAGAUAGUAGACAGGCUUGGGACGGGUACGUUCUCAUCUGUGUACAAAGCCAUCGACCUGGGGUACCAGUGGAAGUGGGACAACUCGGUGUGGCACGGCCGACAUCCGCCUUCCUCGUCCGCGCAUUAUCAGUCGGUCCCGCACUCGGACUCGGCGAAGGUCUUCGUUGCGAUCAAGAGGAUUUAUGUUACGAGUAAUCCUGAGCGCAUACGGAACGAAAUCGCGAUUAUGGAGGAGUGCAGGAUGUGCCGGCACGUUUCGCAGCUUAUCACUGCCUUCCGGCACCAUGACCAAGUGGUAUGCAUUAUGCCUUACCAUCGAAACGAGGACUUCAGACUUUUCUACCGUAAUUUGCCUAUGGAAGGCAUCAAGUCGUACUUUCGUUGCCUCUUUCGGGCCUUACGAGAUAUACAUGCUAGGGGUAUAAUUCAUCGCGAUGUCAAACCUGCCAACUUUCUAUUUGACCCCCGAACGGGGGUCGGAACAUUAUGCGACUUCGGCUUGGCUAGUAGAAUGGAACCCGGGCCGACACUUGGGACCUGUCUACACUCAGGCCCCACGCGCGAGAAGCCUCACGGCCAACUACGCAACCUCGGCGACCUGGAUUUCGACUGGAUCAAGAAAAUGCAGAAGGAGGCACGGCAGAAGAGCUCCUGGCCCUCUGACAGAGUCGGCUACCUGGAAAAAGACCACCGACCGCCGUCGAAGGCAAACAGGGCUGGCACGAGAGGCUUCCGAGCGCCGGAGGUCCUGCUUAAAUGUGGGGAGCAGAGCGGUGCAAUCGACGUCUGGUCCGCGGGAGUUAUCCUACUAUUUUUCUUGACCGGCAAAUUCCCAUUAUUCCAGUCUAACGACGACAUAGAAGCAUUAAUGGAAAUUGCUGUCAUCAUCGGUAAACGGAAGAUGGAGAAAACGGCUACUCUACACAGUCGAACCUUCGCGACUAACGUGCCCUCAAUAACACCGGACGGUAUCACCUGGCGAGAGUUUGUAACGCGUCAGAAUCCGGACUUGUUGACACCACCCAAGCCAGACUUACGCUAUUAUCCGUACUCAUGCCGGGGAUCCUCCUCAGAUAACCUACCGGCGUCGUCUGCCAAGUCCUCGAAGUCGGAUCUCGAAUCCUCGUCGCCGGAGCCGCCAGAUCCCGACACUCAUGCGGCGGAUAUUGAAUGCGCCCUGGACCUUCUCGAGAACGUGAUGAACCCGGAAUGCACGAAACGGUUCACUCCUAGGGACGCCCUUUACCAUCCUUUCCUCGUGGAACCGGAGAAGUAUGAGGACGACGAAUACUUCCCUCAUCCGUUCGGAGAGGGAGUAUGCUCAGAGUUCCACAUGAUCGACGACGAGACGGACGAACUGUGUGUUCGGGUUGGCACAGAGGACGGAGAGGAGAUCCUUAGGGUCGAGGCAGGGGAGGGUAUAGCGAUUGGAUCACACCCUUGUGAAUUCCACCACGACUUGUAGUGUGUGCGAUUAUUUGUGCGACUACACUAAGUAAACUAUUUUUAUGUAAAUAUGUGGC